AAGGUCGCCCAAGUGAUUUUGGCCCUGAUUGCGUUUAUCUGCAUAGAGACCAUCAUGGAGUGCUCCCCGUGUGAAGGCCUCUACUUUUUUGAGUUUGUGAGCUGCAGUGCGUUUGUGGUGACUGGAGUCUUGCUGAUUCUGUUCAGUCUCAACCUUCACAUGAGGAUCCCUCAGAUCAACUGGAACCUGACAGAUUUGGUCAACACUGGACUCAGCACUUUCUUUUUCUUUAUUGCUUCAAUUGUACUGGCUGCUUUAAACCACAAAACCGGAGCAGAAAUUGCUGCCGUGAUAUUUGGCUUCUUGGCAACCGCGGUGUACGCGGUGAACACGUUCCUGGCGGUGCAGAAGUGGAGAGUCAGCCUCCGCCAGCAGAGCGCCAAUGACUACAUCCGUGCGCGCACAGAGUCCAGAGAUGUGGACACUCGCCCGGAGAUCCAGCGCCUGGACACGUGAGGACGCGCCAGAGUCCUCUUCCCUCUAUCCUCAUGCCCGUCCUUUCAGUCAAGUUUUUUUUCCCUCAUCACGUCAGAUUUUCAUGUGAUUAAGUUGAAUUUUGUCCUCUUUGGUAAAAGUUCAUUUUGGGAAAGGGUUUUCCAAAUGGCCCUGCUGGGAGGUGUGUGAGGCGGGGCCCACGUACCCAGCUGUUCAGCCAGAGGUGGGCAGGAGGGGCCCACAGGAUCCUCCAGUUUGGUGGCUGUGGGAGCCACUGGCAUCACUGGCUGCUGUGUCCACUUUAGGUCUUCACUGUCCCUGAGCACAGGCUUCACAUCUGACUCUGAGCCACCAUGUCAUAUAUAUAUUUGUGACAAGUCAGGACUUUGGAUUAAAGGUGGGCUGCUAGGAGGGAAAAAAAUCAAGGAAUGAAGGUACAGGGUUGGAACAGUGGGUCAGGAGCAAUUCCUGGGCAGCCCCCAUAACACUAAAGCUCCAGGCCAGCUUUAGUGUUGCUGCCGAGGUCCCCCCUCCCCCCUUGCCUUCCAAGCCUGGGGCGUCGAGACGCCAGCACAAGCCUGGAAAGCCAUGUGUGACACUAAGGGUCUUGGUGAUGGGUGUGCUGGUUGAGCUUUGCUGGGUCUGGGCUUUAUGGGGAUGGGAAAAGCUGAUGUCCCCUUAGGAUGGCUCCAUGGCACUGCUGACCUGUGAGGGUAGGUUACUAUUUCCUACCCUGCUGGGAAUCCCUUGAUUCUUCCUCAAAUGAAUCACCUCCCUGAAUCCCAGAUUCUCCUCCAGGAAUGUGGAGACCACCUUGUUUUCCAGUUCCCUACCUACCCUGAAUACGUUGAGGCUGGACUGCAGAUUUUCUGUCAUUUGACCUUCUCGGGUAAAAGCUACAGUCCAUUACACCAGCCUGAACUCCUGCCUAUUUGCUGGCGUCAUGGACCACAGGUGGGGACACACCUCUAUUUUAGGGGUAUGUGCUGAUUUUCAAAUUCCUGAGAAGAGUUCUGGAGUGAUCCUGAAUAGAUCUGUCUAGGAUUUGAAAAUACUUGAAUCUGCACCACGAUGUACCCUCUCACUGAAGUUUCAGAGGCACAAAGAGUUGUAGCAUCUGUGCCUCAGGGUCAUAUACACGAAUGGCCAUUUCGGAAACUGUUGGGGAAAAUUCUAAUUAUGAAAGGUUUUCAACUGAUUCUUGAUAAAGUGAGGAUUAUUGUGUUGAUUGAGUUAAAUGACCCCUGUGAUGCUGUAGUUUUUAUCCCCCUGUUAGAGACUAAUUGUAUCUUUUAUGGAAAAAUCAUUUUAACUUAUCAGGUUUUCACUCUUUGAACUGUUUUUAAUGUUUACAAAGCUCACUCUAGUGCUAAAACUUUGUGUUUUACCCUCACCAAGGA